AUGGUGAAGCUGUACAUGAACCACCAUGACUUUGACUUCGACGAGGGAUUUGGUGAGGCGGCGGGCAAUCGGACCGUCUACGAAGGCACUGCCAAGGCCAUUGUUGGCGCUGCCUUGGAAGGCCAGAAUGGCACGGUGAUGAUGUACGGUCAGACCGGUAGCGGCAAGACCUACACCAUGCGUUCCAUUUACCAGCAGGCUGCAGAGGACAUCUUUGCUGGAGCCUCCGGCCGCGUUGUCACAGUAAGCUUCAUUGAGCUGUUCGGCGACAACUGCUUUGACAUGCUGCAUCAGGGGGUGAGCUGCCAACUGACAACGGCGCAAGACGGCUCCGUGCAUCCUUAUCCGUGCGUCGAAGUGGAGGUAGUGAGUGCCGCGGAGCUGUUGGCGCUGAUUGAGCUCGCAGGUAAACUCCGGGCUACAGCAGCCACUGGUGUUCAUGAUCAGUCCUCCAGAUCUCACGCGCUCUGCCGCAUCUUCGUGGAUUGCGGAGAAGGUGCUGAGGGCUCCGUGACCUUGGUGGACCUGGCAGGCUCGGAGCAUCGAAUCGACAACGCAGAGCACAAUGCGGAGCGUAGGAAAGAAGGGGCAAAGAUCAACGCCUCACUGGCGGCGCUCAAAGAAUGCAUUCGAGCCAGGGCGUCGAACUCGAAGUUUAUUGCCUUCCGGCAGAAUCGGCUGACCCAGCUCCUGAGGGGAUGCUUUCUCCCAGGUGGUCAUCACGACACAGUCGUCAUCGCCACCGUUUCCCCCAGCAGCAAGGACACGGAGCACUCACUGAACACCCUCCGGCAUGCGUGCAUCAUGGACGGCCAGGGUCAGGGCAAGAGCGAUAAGGGAUCGCAUCUCAGCGGCGGCACCGUCACCAAGGAGCUUCUUGGGGAGAUCGAUGUCACCAAGCUGGCCCGCGAGCGACGGCAGAAGGCCAAGGAGAACCCAGAGCCGACGGCAGAGUGGGGCAGGCCUCCAGCCAAGCCAGAGCACCAGAACAAGCAGAGCAACACGUCGAUGCGGGCUGCCCUUGACCGCCGUUGCAUCAAAUCACUGGCACCAGAGGUGGCAAAGCGUCUUCAGGCAGCUCGUGAGGAGUGGGGCACCAUGCGCCAGCGGGUGAGACUGGCGCGGCCACCAGUGGCCGAGGAGCCUGCUCCGGAGCCGGCGGGAAAGACUGAGACACCUCGGCGCACGGAGUCCAAGACGAAGUCGGAGAAGCUGGAGAAGCCGCUGAGGGAGCCGAAGGAGCCGCCGAGGGAGCCGCCGAGGGAGCCGCCAAGGGAGCCACCAGCGGCGCCCCAGGCUGAGGCUGAGGCCAAGCAGCAGGAGGAGAAAGAUCCGGACAGAGCUCGUGCCGUCGAGCUUUUCCGCUCCUUUCUCGAGCGCGGCCGCAAUGCAGAGAACUGGCGCAAAAACGACUUGCGCCUGAUCAACCACAUCGUCGUUCCAAUGCUGUUUGGUGGCGAUGCCUCGAUUGACUGGGCUCGGCCUGCGCUUGCGCUCGACGAGCUAGAGGAGCUUGUCCGCAGCUUUCCAGACAAGCUGGCACUCCUGCCGCGUCCGAAAGUUACACCCGCAGCUCCAGAAUGCCGCGACUACCCUGGCCGCCCUGGCUCUGCAAACGGCAAGCAGUCGAAGGAGGCCCCCGCCCGGCCCCCCGCAAUGCCUGGCGCCCGCAGCCCGCUUGGGGCAGAGGGCGGAGGUGGCCCACAGCGACCUCGUGCUAACACUGGGGAUUCUGGCAAGCGAGGUGUUGAACGACACAGCCCACAGAACGACUCCUCACGCACCGCACGCAGCGCAUCGCCAUCCAGAGCUGUGCAAAGCCACCAGGAGGCUAUCCGCGCACGGAGGGAAGCUCUCGAGCAGGCUCGCCAGGAGUCACUCCAGAAAGCUCUCUCCAAGAAGGAUGCAGGUGGCCAAAACCGCCAGGACGAGAUAGCUUCCCUAGAAGCUCAGAUCGUGGGUGGCAGCUGCAGCUCCUAUGCAGUUGCCGGCUUGAAGCGACGCCUUCAGACGCUGAAAGCCACUGCGCUCCGCGAGGAGCGCGCAGCUGCCGCGCGCGCGGCGGCCGCGGCAGUGGUUUGCGACGCUGUGGGAGGAGGAUACUACGCCGACGCGGGCGGCGGCUACGCGCGGCAGCGCAGUGGCUCCUUCAGCCGGCCGUCUUCAGGGGAACUGGCAGGACCUGACGAAGGAUGA